GCGCGGCCGCAGUGUUCCCUGCGCUGGCUUCCGGGCCGAGGUUGUCUGCUGGAGGACUGGGUCCGUUUGGCCGUCAGGGCCCGACAAUGGUGUCAGAGGUUUCCACUUAGAUCAACAACUCCAACUUCUCACCAUGGACUCAUCCGAGAAGACAGAAGUGGUCCUCCUGGCCUGCGGUUCCUUUAAUCCAAUCACCAACAUGCACCUCAGACUCUUUGAGCUGGCCAGGGACUACAUGAAUGCAACAGGUAGGAGCGAUAACCUAGAAGUUAUCAAAGGCAUAAUUUCACCUGUUGGCGAUGCGUACAAGAAGAAAGGCCUCAUCCCUGCCCACCACCGGAUUAUCAUGGCAGAACUUGCCACCAAGAAUUCACAGUGGGUGGAAGUGGACACGUGGGAAAGUCUUCAGAAGGAGUGGGUGGAGACCGUGAAGGUGCUCAGACACCAUCAGGAGAAGCUGGCAGCUGGCAGCUGUGACCACCCACAAAGCUCUCCUGUGCUGGACAGGCCUGGGCGGAAGAGGAAGUGGGCUGAACAGAAGCAGGAUUCUAGUCCAAAGAAGCCCCAAGAGCCCAAACCAACAGGUGUGCCCAGGGUGAAAUUGCUGUGUGGGGCAGAUUUACUGGAGUCCUUCAGUGUCCCCAACUUGUGGAAGAUAGAGGACAUCACGCAAAUUGUGGCCAACUACGGGCUCAUAUGUAUCACUCGGACUGGCAGUGAUGCUCAGAAAUUCAUCUACGAGUCCGAUGUGCUGUGGAGACAUCAGAGCAACAUCCACCUGGUGGAUGAAUGGAUCACCAACGACAUCUCAUCCACUAAGAUCCGGAGAGCUCUCAGAAGGGGCCAGAGCAUCCGAUACUUGGUACCAGACCUUGUCCAAGAGUACAUUGAAAAGCAUGAUUUGUACAGCUCUGAGAGUGAAGACAGGAAUGUUGGGGUCAUCCUGGCUCCUCUGCAGAGGAACAUCGCUGAGGCGAAGCACAAUUCCACAGCAUGAUGCUAUGCAUGACAUCAGGUGCCUUUGUGGAAAUUCAAAAUGACCCAGUGUUAGUAGCUCAGGGAAGGAAUCGCCAUCCUGUUUCGUAAACUCAAGUUUAAAGGUUUGAUUAAAAACCAACAGGAAAUUAAGAUCAGUUGCUAAGAUGAAUGUUUUAAAUAAGGCCAUUUAAAAAAAA